AUGUCAGAAGGGGAGAGCAAGGACAGCUCGGGCAGCGAGUGCCCCGUGUGCUACGAGAAGUUCCGCGAUCUGGAGGGUGCCAGCCGGACGCUGAGCUGUGGCCAUGUGUUCUGCCAUGACUGUCUCGUCAAGUACCUACUCUCCACCCGCGUGGAUGGGCAGGUCCAGAGGACCAUCGUCUGCCCCAUCUGCCGCUAUGUCACCUUCCUCAGCAAGAAGAGCUCCCGCUGGCCCUCCAUGCUGGACAAGAGCUCCCAGACCCUGGCCGUGCCUACGGGCCUGCCCUCUGGGCCACCAUCGAACACCCUGGGCCACACAAACCCUGUGGCCAUCUCCCAGCCUAUCUGGAGAGCAUCCCCAAAUCAGAGUGCCCAGCUCCCCUUGGACUUACUGCCCAGCCUGCCCCGGGAGCCUCAGAUCUUCAUCAUCAGCCGCCACGGGAUGCCCCUGGGGGAGCAGGACAGUGUCCUGCCUCGGCGCAGCCUGGCAGAGCUCUCCGAGACACCCCCAGCGCCCAGCUCCCCCCGCUCAUUCUGCUGCCGCUCCCGAGCCCUCCUGCUCAUCACCCUCAUCGCCGUGGUGGCUGUGGUAGCUGCCAUCUUGCCCUGGGUGCUACUGGUAAGGAAGCAGGCAUGA